CACGCCUUACAUGGCCUGACGCCAUUGUUGACAGGAAGCGUACUGGGGCUGAAGCAGCUAUCCCGAUCAGACCCUUGCCCAUCCAAAGUUUCAUUAACGCACGUCUAUCUUUUUGAACGUUUGUAAGGUCGAAUAAUAAUGAUUGGUGAGAACGAACCGAGGAAAAGAUGCAAUGGAGGUCAAUAGUAGUCGGUCUGGUCGUGUUGAGGCUGUCUCUCAGCUGUGUGGUGUGGCUAGCGUUUGGACUUGGACAUAAUGUGAGCUGGGGCUUUAACUUCCCUCUGAAUUUUAACCUGCAGACUUUGGAUCUUAAGCUAUUCAAAGACGAAACGGAGGCUUUUAAGGGUAAUUCAUGGUCUCAGCGCAUACCGAGUGGAAAGUAUGACGAGCCAAGGACCUCCUGUCCAAAGAUUGGAGAAGACUCUCCUCAGAAGUCCUACAUGAACUUCUAUGAUGGGAAUAAGGACGAAUAUGUCAAGCGGUACAACACCUUUCCAGAUACUCUUAAAGCGCAAAUGAAGGCCCAGGCAAAAGACAUGUUCUAUUUUGGAUACGACAAUUACAUGAAAUAUGCCUUUCCUGAAGACGAGCUCAAUCCAAUUGAUUGUCGGGGCCGAGGACCAGACGUCCUGAACCCGUCAAACAUCAACAUAAAUGAUGUUUUGGGGAACUACUCGUUGACAUUGAUUGACACCCUAGACACAUUACUGGUCCUUGGCAACAUCACAGAGUUCCAAAGGGCUGUGAAGCUGGUUAUAGACACGGUGUCCUUUGAUAAGGACUCCACCGUGCAGGUCUUUGAGGCAAACAUCAGGAUCCUGGGCAGCUUGAUCUCCUCCCACAUCCUACUGACCGACCCAAAGCACCCUUUUGGCGACGUUGGCAUCGAAGGCUACGACAACGAGCUACUCCACAUGGCCCACGACCUGGCCGUGCGCCUGCUGCCUGCCUUCGAGAACACCAUCACAGGCAUUCCUUACCCCAGAGUGAACCUGAAGACGGGGGUGCCGGCGGACAGCAUCAACGAGACGUGCACAGCGGGCGCGGGCUCCCUGCUGGUGGAGUUCGGGAUCCUGAGCCGCCUGCUGGGGGACUCCACGUUCGAGUGGGUGGCCCGGCGGGCCGUCCGGGCCCUCUGGAGCCUGAGGAGCAAGGAGACGGGCCUGCUAGGCAACAUUGUGAACAUCCAGACAGGCCAGUGGGUGGGCAAGCAGAGUGGUGUGGGCGCGGGCAUGGACUCCUUCUACGAGUAUCUCCUGAAGUCCUACAUCCUGUUUGGGGAGAAGGAGGACUACAGGAUGUUCCAGGCUGCCUACGAGAGCAUCCAGAACCACUUGAGAAGAGGGAGAGAGUCGUGUAAUGAAGGAGAGGGCGACCCACCCCUCUACGUUAACGUUAACAUGUUCAGCGGGCAGAUCAUGAACACCUGGAUCGACUCCCUGCAGGCCUUCUUCCCAGGGCUCCAGGUUCUGAGCGGCGAUGUGGAGAACGCCAUUUGCCUCCAUGCCUUCUACUACGCCAUCUGGAGGCGAUACGGCGCUCUGCCGGAGCGGUACAACUGGCAGCUGCAGGCCCCCGACGUGCUGUUCUACCCCCUCAGGCCUGAGCUGGUGGAGUCCACCUACCUGCUCUACCAGGCGACAAAAAACCCGUUCUACCUUCAUGUCGGAAUGGAUAUUCUCCAAAGCCUGGAGAAAAAUGCCAAAGUCAGAUGCGGAUAUGCAACUCUCCACCACGUCGUGGACAAGUCCAAAGAAGAUCGGAUGGAAAGCUUCUUCCUCAGCGAGACUUGCAAAUACCUUUAUCUGCUCUUUGAUGAGGACAACCCGCUGCACAAGUCUGAGAACAAGUACAUAUUCACCACCGAGGGCCACAUCGUGCCGAUAGACCAGCGCUUCAGGGAGAAACAGUGGGAGGACCUCUUCCCCUUGGAGGAGGGAGAGACGCCCGAGGAUGAGCCACAGAAUCCGCCUAGCAACACAAGCAACUGUGGCCGGAUCCCCGACGCGCGGCGCUUCGCUCUGCCACUGAAGAGCGUCUACAUGAGGCAGAUAGACCACAUGGUGGGUUUGUUCUGAACCUGCAGAAGAGCAGCGCUUCGGCCACAACCUAGGGUUCUCCCCCCCCCCCCGCUGCCUGUCUGAGUGUUACCCGUGUAUGUACAGAAGGGAUUCCCUGUUUUAACACAUUUUGUACUCCUGAUGAGCUCAGGUCCAAGGUAGUCAAUAAUGGUGCCAAACGAGUCAUGGAAAUUGAUUGUACUUCAUUGCUUAUUUUCUUUCUCUCUGUAUUGAUUAAAGUGUUUAGUGUCUUGACUCGAAUAGAGAGAGACAAUUGUGGAACGUUGUGGGAAUUGUACUUCCAAGUUUUAAACUGUGACCAACAGAGGUUUAUGUGGUGGUUUUUAUAAGAGCGACUCUUUUCGUAAUGAACAAACUAAUGGCACGUCGAGCACAUGUUGGUGUCGGGAGUGUUUACGUUUACACACACACACACACACACACACACACACACACACACACACACACACACACACACACACACACACACACACACACACACACACACACACACACACACACACACACACACACACACACACACACACACACACACACACACAGAGAGAGAGACAUACAGACACGAUACCAGUUACAGAACUGUCCUGAAUUCACACUAUAACACUUUCGUGUGCCUCAUUGCUGUGUAUUGUGCUCUUGAAGAGCAACAUCAAGGUGUCUUGGAUUUGAUGCCUCAAUUUGGGCUUUUUAAUUGUAUUUAAUUGUAUUAAUUAAAUUAAAGAAAAUUCUUGGUCUUAAACUCUUCCAUAAGAUAACUUUCUAAUGUCCCCACUAGAACAUCAGAGUAGUUUAUACACAGACUUGGAUCUGCUACUGUGCACCUUUUUUAUUUAACUCUAUGUACCUCAUGUACUACAAUGUGCUGUCUCUGCAAGGAGUUCUUUAUGCAAUAGGUAAAGUUAGAUGUGGGGCAGAAUGGGACUUUAUUUUUUUCUGAAACCUCAGCUGACCUCAGAUUUUCUAUGGUGAGAGUGAAAUAUACACAUAAAAACAACGCCCCUUUUUUUGCAUGCAUGCUCAUCUCAGGCUGCUUGUGACUUGACGUCUUGCAGUAAGCCAACUGAUGUACCUUGACCAUAGGAGAGGAAGGUCUAGGGGGACCUGUGCUAUUGUUGAAGUGCCUUAAACAUUUUUUUAAGCCCCUUCUAGAGCUCAUUCACUGUUGUUUGAUAUUGAUGAUUGAUUUUGACGUUUUUUUCAGCCACUAUUUAUUUUCCACAAUGGCAAUCAUUCCAUACUUUACGAACAGUACUCCUAAUGUUAUGGAAUUCCGCUCCUUCCUUCUUAGAACACAACAGAAAAAGCCAUAAAGUGUAUCAUUUUUGUAUCAAUUGACCAUGCACAGCUUGCGCCUCAUGUGGUAAUCUUUGUCAUUGUUUUUCCGAUUUGUAAAGUGGUUUACUAGCACGCAAGCAUGGAGGUAUAAGGCUGCAGAGAAGUCAUCAGUUAAUAUAUCCUCACUAAAUUGUGCAAAAUUAUGUCUAUUGUGUGUAAUGUGGUAAGAACUCAGGGCAUAAAUGAGUAAUCUCGUCCAUAAAAAACUGUCUUAAAGGUCUGCUCUGCCA